UUCAGCCGAGUCUGAUCGAACUCUCCCGACCGAACUCCAGCACCACGUCCAACUCCGAGAGGUCAAAUCGGACCCCGACCCACCCGGUCAUACUUGACCGAGCUGGGCGAGAGCAGGCAGAAGAGGAGAGUAGGGAGGCCAGGGCGGAGGCGGCGGGGGCGGGGGCGAGCCGGAGGUGUGGCCCACGGCCCUGGCGCGGGGCGGAGCCUGGAUGGCCAGGGGCGGGGCCAGGUGUCCCCAGGGGUGUGGCCAAGCUGGCUGCGGUGGGACCCCUGUGGACAGUGAGGAGCCCGAGAGAGCUAGGCUGCCCCUGACACCCGUCAGGUGGAAGAGCCGAAGAAACUGCUUCCAGCCCCCGUGUCAGCCAUGCGAGCUAGAUCUCAGUUUACCCCUUUGUAAUAUGGGCGCCCAGUCGCAGUCCUUGGACGUGCCAUUGUGACCCCCUAAGACAGUCCUGGGAUGGGCCACACCUCGCCCAUCUUAGAGACAGGACGCUGAGGUCCAGAGAAAGGGGGAUACCUGUCUGUAGUCAAACGGCCACUUUGGGGAAGAUCUGGAACUCAGGUCCUAGAGUCCAGAGUGACCCCAGUGGGGAGGGACGCUGGGGUACAGAUGCAGGGACCAGCGAGCGAGAGGUGCAGAGUCGCUGAGAGGGUACGGCCGUGGGGCAGAUGGACAAGCUGGAAACAAUUGCCGGAGCACAGCACAGCCCCAGGGAGAAGGUGACAGGACGGGUGCAAGCCACAGCUGGGCGCGUAACUGCCAGCACCCUUGUCUCUGACCAUACUUCCUCUGCCUUCAGCUUUGACCUGGAAAAUGGGCUCCCGGGCGGGAGAAGCACCCUGGACCCUCAGUCUGGGCCUGGCCUGGGCCGGAUCAUCCAGGCUCCUGCCCCGCACAGCCAGCGGCGCGAGUCCUUCCUGUACCGCUCAGACAGCGACUAUGAACUCUCGCCCAAGGCCAUGUCCCGGAACUCCUCCACAGCCAGCGACCUACAUGGAGAAGACAUGAUUGUCACACCCUUUGCCCAGGUCUUGGCCAGUCUGCGGACGGUUCGGAGCAACAUGGCGGCCCUUGCCCACCUGCAAGGCCAUGGGGCAGCCAAGCAGGCAUCGGUCGGGAACUCUGCAUCCAGCAGCCAGCCCCCUGCACCUACAGAGGACCCUGGGCAGAAGCUGGCACUGGAGACCCUGGACGAGCUGGACUGGUGUCUGGAUCAGCUGGAGACACUGCAGACCCGGCAUUCGGUCGGAGAGAUGGCCUCCAACAAGUUCAAGCGGAUGCUGAACCGGGAGUUGACCCAUCUCUCUGAAACCAGCCGCUCCGGGAACCAGGUGUCCGAGUACAUUUCCCGAACCUUCUUGGACCAGCAGACUGAGGUGGAGUUGCCCAGGGGGACCACUCAGGAGCCUGCGUGGCCCAUGUCUCAGAUCAGCGGCUUGCAUGGGUUCCACCACAGUGCCAGCCUCUCCUCAGCCACCGUCCCACGCUUUGGGGUCCAGACUGACCAGGAGGGGCAACUGGCCAAGGAGCUGGAAGACAUCAACACGUGGGGACUUGAUGUGUUCAAGGUGGCAGAGCUAAGUGAGAACCAGCCCCUCACAGCCAUCAUAUUCAGCAUCUUUCAGGAGCGGGACCUGCUCAAGACAUUCCAGAUCCCAGCAGACACACUGGUCACCUACUUGCUGACCCUGGAGGGUCACUACCAUGCCGACGUGGCCUAUCACAACAGCCUACAUGCCGCUGACGUGGCCCAGUCCACACACGUACUGUUGGCUACACCCGCCCUCGAGGCCGUGUUCACAGACCUGGAAAUCCUGGCUGCUGUCUUCGCAAGUGCCAUCCAUGACGUGGACCAUCCUGGAGUCUCCAACCAGUUUCUGAUUAACACCAACUCGGAGCUGGCACUGAUGUACAACGACGCAUCGGUGCUGGAGAACCACCACCUGGCCGUGGGCUUCAAGCUGCUGCAGGCAGAGAACUGUGACAUCUUCCGGAACCUCACCAAGCGCCAGUGGCAGAGCCUGCGCAAGAUGGUCAUCGACAUGGUGCUGGCCACAGACAUGUCCAAACACAUGAACCUCCUGGCUGACCUUAAGACCAUGGUGGAGACCAAGAGGGUGACAAGCCUCGGCGUCCUUCUACUGGACAACUACUCCGACCGCAUCCAGGUCCUGCAGAACCUGGUGCACUGCGCAGACCUCAGCAACCCCACCAAACCGCUGCCCCUGUACCGCCAGUGGACGGGCCGCAUCAUGGCGGAAUUCUUCCAGCAGGGCGACCGCGAGCGUGAGUCAGGCCUGGACAUCAGCCCCAUGUGUGACAAGCACACGGCCUCAGUGGAGAAGUCCCAGGUGGGUUUCAUUGACUACAUCGCCCACCCGCUGUGGGAGACUUGGGCUGAUUUGGUACACCCAGACGCACAGGACCUGCUGGACACGCUGGAAGACAACCGUGAGUGGUACCAGAGCAAGAUCACCCGAAGCCCCCCGGACCUCACCAGCCCUGAGUGGGCUGGCCCUGACAGAUUCCAGUUUGAGCUGACUCUGGAGGAGGCGGAGGAAGAGGAGGAGGAAGAGGUGGAAGACGAGGAGGCAGCGUUAGACAGGGAGGCCUCAGAGUCACCUGACACUAAGCUCCUGUCCGCUGAAGCCGGCCAAAAACCCAGUGACCUACACCUGGACAACCACAGGACUUAGGGCAAGCCCUUUGGCACCAAAUGGUCCCUAGUGCAUGGACUUUCCAGGAAGAGGUCCCAGGUGACCCCUGCUUCGCUUCCCCACCCAUUGAGGGGGACCACUAAGCUUUUAGUUAUAGGCAAGUCUCAAGGUCUAAUUGGAGGCACCUGGCUGGGGUCCACUCUGACCCCAGGCUUGGCUGACAGAGCUCUCUAAGGGGCUGGGCUGGGGGCAGCCUCUUCUAGCACCCUUGGGAUCUCCCCCCUGGACCUCUGUCCCUGGCAUGAAGGGGAGAGGUCUCUGCCUUCAAGGUGGCCCCUGUCCACCUUCUCCAGUGGUCACUCUUAGGUCACAUGCAUCACUUAAUUCUUUUAUUCUUUAUCAGAUAUUGAUUGGGCGUCUACUGUGUGCCAGGCAUGUGCCUGCUCCCUGCCUCUGGGGCCACCCUGUACAAGGGGUGGGGAGCCAGCUCCAAGGAGAACCCCCCGAAUAUGCCUCCCUGUCCUCCCCUAGCAGGCCUGCUGCAAGAUAACAGGCCGCAGAUGGAGCUUUUCAGCACCAGAGCUUCGCCCAGACCUGAUUCAGGAUGUAGAACUGACUGGGGGAGGGCAGGAAAGGGGGCUCAGUGGGGGCCGUUGCUUUACGUUGCUGUAUUUCCUGUCUUCGGUGUCUGUGGAUGUAUGUGUCCCCUGCUCGCUCUGCCUCGGGACCUGCUGUUGGGUCUCCCACGUGUUGUUCCUCUUGUGGAGGAGCGACAAAAGCACAAAAUUUCCCCUUGGGGCAGAUAUCCAUGUCUCCAUGUUCCUGAAGCUGCCUUGGACUGCCCCUAGAGGGAGGGAAGCCCCUGACACUUUCUUGCAAGCAUCAUAAUCCCUACUGGGCCCCAGUUUCCCCUCUUUGAUCCUCAUACUUGGAUAAACUCUGGUUGGGGAGUGGAAUAUCCUAGAAAUUUGGGGCAUUGAGCAUUUCUCUGGAGUGAAAUCAACCCUUCAGGUCUUAAAACACCUGAUUACCCAGAUUAGUGCCCUGCCCAUUUCACGAAGGGGCAACUGAGGUGCAGAGGGGUCCUGUUGCCAGCUCAAGGCUGAAUAUUAGCUAGCGGCACCCCUGGGCAGUGGGAGUGGGGUGGGGUCCAGCGCAGUGCUCAAGCCUCGAGUUGGAUCCCUGCCUCCCCUUCCCUCGUCCUCGUGUGCCUGAAAAUCCGUGUGUGAUCCUCACGUCAUCACAGCCGCCCCAGCUUCCAGAGCAGCUGCCUUCAUCCAUCAAUAGCAUAGCACCGAUUAUUCAUCCUCACAGUUAAUGAUAACAUUCUGCAGCGAGGGAGAACUAAAAGCCAUCUGGGGGCGCGAACUUGGUGCAUUUCCUUGCAGACUUUUAAAAGGCAGAGCUUUAGGGAAUUUCUAUUUGGAUUUUUUGUUUUUACCCCAAUCCCCUUACUUAACAAAGUAAUAUCCGGUCGCUGUAGAGAAUUUGGAAAUAAUGGAAACAUAUACAGAAGGAAAUAAAAUUCU